AUGGCUAAGAGACGCGAAAUACAAGUGAGUUAUAGACAGCGGACGAACAGUGGCUGCCAAUUGGUGGCCACCAGUGAUGGGUCUUUGCGGACCAAUUGGCACCGAUAUGUGUACACUAUUUGCAUAUUUCUAAAUAAUUUAGCGUUUGGUAUAACGUGUAGUAUUUUCUACCCAACGAUGGUCGACAUGAAGUACAUGUUUGACACUUCAAUGAAAAACAUUUCUAUCAGCAAUACCUUCGGGUCUGUCGGUUACCUCUUGGGUUCACUCUUUGGGUUUCUCUACAAACGUAUUAAUAGACAGUUGACUGUCAUUGUGCUUAUGGUGACAAUCAGCAUAACUAUAGCUGUGAUGCCAUUAUCACCGACUCUAUUGGCACUAUAUAUGUGUUCAUUUGUGACACUUCUUGGUGGUGGUGCCUGGAAUGCGGCCCAUAAUGUUUGGCUCAUUGAGCUCUGGCAGCACUCGAGUCCACCCAUCCUCCAGUUCUCUCAAUUCAUGUAUGGCUUGGGCUGUAUAUUAGCACCACUUCUGGUUAAACCAUAUCUGACCGGAGAGUUGUCGCCCAACAACUCGACAGUCAUUUCCAAUAUAACCACAACUACAACAUUACCCACAAUAACCACUACUGAUAUCAAUGAAUCGGUGGAUAGAAGAUCACUUCUUAGGAUACCAUUUAUGGUGGACGGACUGAUUCAGUCUUUUAUACCAAUAGUGUUGUUAAUUAUGUUUUUUAUUAAAAGAUAUGAAUAUUCAAAACCAAAUGAAGUGCCCAAAGAGUCAACUUCAGCCAACUAUGGAAUCGAUAACUUUGAUAACUACGGCAGUAAUAGUUAUGCAGCCGAAGAAACAACAAAUAUCAUUGAAGUCUCGGACAGUUAUAAACGCGACCGUCGGCUAAAUAUAGUGUUGAUUGCAAUCUUUUUGGCCACUUAUACGACCGUAGAGUUGGCUCACUUUGGCUACAGUUCCACAUAUUAUCAGUUCAUAUCAAUACGUUUGAGUGCUUCAGAAUCGGCAGAAAUAUUUUCAAUAAUGGCCUCAAGUUUUACAAUCGGCCGCUGUAUCAGUGCCUUCAUUGCUAUUAAACUGAAGCCCAAAGUGAUGAUUGCAUAUCAUUUCAUUGUGAUCGCCGUCGGACUGACCACAUUAUACUUUGGUCAGUCAUCGGUGAAAUUCAUUUGGUUGGGUAAUGUCAUCAUAGGAUUCGGUUUUUCAGCCGUUUUUCCGGCCAUUUUCGCUUUUGCCGAGCAGUACAUCAAAGUUAAUGACACGAUAUCAACCAUUUUGAUCUUCUCGAGUGCUUCGCUAACAUUGUUUACGCCAUUCAUUUUGGGACCUUUUCUGGAGAACAGUUCAUUCAUUUUACUAGAGUUUGAAAUUGUCUUUUUCUCCGCCAGUGUCCUACUAUUUGUCGUUAUUUUGUUUGUCAUCAAACCUAUUGACAAUCAAUAA